CCGAUUCCUGGCUUUGAUGUUUGUUCUUCAGGGCGCCGCUUGAUGCGCUGCAUUUUCUGCCACCAUGCUCGCCCGUCUCACCCUGGCGGCUCUGGAUAUUGGGUUCCCAUGGGUACAGACCGCGGCGGGUGAAAGCGAGCUCGAUACGGGCCUGAUCUGGGCGGGCAUGAUGGCCGCAGACAGGGGGCAAGGAAAAGGCGCACUUUCAGGAGAAGGGGCCCAAAGUGUCUCUUGGACAUCAACGCCCCCUCCCCUCCUCUCCCUCUCUCCUUCUGCUGCUGUAAUAAGAUAAGCCAACUUGGUAUUCUGUCCACCGCAUUGGUGCUUGCCCUUGCCUAAAUCUGCGUCCCAAGCCAGUUCUCGCCCGCAACCCGCACCCCAGCCUGCACCAUGCUGUUCGGCUCCACCCCGGCACGGCAUUCCCACAGCCGCGCAAGAACCCGGACGCGCACCCAAACCAGCACCAUCGUCAGUCAGCAUCCCGAUGCCGUUCUGACGCCUCUGCAGAAGCAUGUUGCUUCGUUCCUGGACGACCAGGGAUACGCUCACGAUAUUCCAGAAUAUGCUGCCGCUCUCCACGAACCUCAGCCCAACAGGGAGCUGUGGAGCCAGACCAUCAAGUCGGCGAAUGUCGGCGAUAUUGACAUUGAUGUUCGCGAAGGAAUCCCCAAGUACUACCUCGCACAACACCCGCGUGCUGGCUGCGUCAUUAUUGCAGUGGUUAAACGAAUAUGUGGCCAUAUGCUCUGGAUCGGGCGAGUGAGGACAAAGUUUGCGGACAGAGUUUUAUGUAUCGAUACUCGCAACGAAUCGCCGUCGCUCGACGAACUCUCGGCGACAGCCUUGGUGUCGCUGUUCUGGCAGCGCUAUCUCGCCAGUAUUCACGGCCGAUUCGGCCUCAUUGUCUCCGAUGCCAAGCUCGACUCCACAGACUUUUUAGAAGUCAUGGUCCCAAACUGGGUGGAGUUGGAAAAGUAUCUUGAGGAUUCGGAGCUCUACCCACAUACUCCCUCCAGCAUCCAUGUUGAAUGUGUCGUUCCUGGAUAUGAUGCAGGUGUUGUUCCUCCCAAAAUCGAUCACACGGGAGUGAAACGAACCAAGACACUUGCAUCCGCAGAGCACGGUGAAGCCAAGAGCGACGCACUUCAACGCACACGCAUCCGCAUUUUCAAAGAGUUUGUAGCUACUGAAGAAAGCUACUUGAGGAGUAUCAACAUUCUCCAGACCUACUUCCAGACUCCGCUACUGAAGCUUCAGCAGAUCCCCGACAGCAUCAAGAGGCUCUGCUUCAUUGAUCUCUCAGGGCUUAUCGAGCUCCACACGGACUUUGUGAAAGCAUUGCAGGGACUCAAAGAAGAAGAUCAGUCCAGUUUAUGUGUCUUGUUUGAUGACUAUGCGAGCCGAAUACAGAGUGUUUACUCCAAGACCCUCGAUGAUUAUCAAACGACAUCCAUACCUUGUGAGACCCUCAAGCGUUUGGAAACAUCGUCGUUUCUUGAUAGCUGUGCUGAAACCGUGAGGCGGGAACUGAAUCAAGACGUCAACUUUUUCAACUUGCGCGCUGAAAUAAUGCAGCGACUCCCGCGCUACGUGAUGCUGUUUGACCGCAUGAGGGACAAGACUUGCAUCGACGACGUCAGCUAUCAGGCGCUUUGUCGCACCUGCCAAGUCGCCGACAAGAUUGCAAGCGCAGUACUGGAAGAAAAGUCAAAGAACAUGAUAGAAUUAGACUCGUUAUCCUUCCUCAACAACUUGAGCGUGUAUCUCGGCUCGAAGUUCAUUGUCAAAAACGGCAGAGACUUCAUUAUGGAGGUCGAAGCUGUUCGAAAGUAUCCGGCAUUGGAAGCCAAACAUCAGGGUGCUCAUCCCGCAAGCUCGACACAGAUCAUUCUGCUGUUUACGGACUGUAUCUACAUUCUGAGCUAUGACAGCACCGCAAGAAAAUACACCGUCGACGGCGGUAUCAUAGACCUGGAGCAAACCGACAUCCUCGAUGACAGAGGCAUCGAUUUCCACAUUAUUACCUCGGAUAUCUCGCAAAAGACCGCGGCGCGACAUAUCGUUCACAGCUUCGCAUGUGAGCAAAAAGCCGAGCUCUUGAAGCAGAUUCAGCACUGCAAGACUUUGCUGAAGAUGAGAAGUGCGUCGAAAGAGCGAGUCAAACGGGUUUACAUGGAUCAGCGCCCAGACACGACCAUCUACUACCAUGUUUCAGAGAUCAAAUGGCCGUUUUUGAUCUAUCCGAGCACGAACCCGACAAGCCGAGGACUAAUUUUGAAACCCGAUCGAUGUUGCAAGAAAAGCCCCGACUCUGCCUGGAGAGUCCGCUUAGCGGAAAUUCGGCUCAAAUACGUUGUUGAGACAUACGGCUUCAAGGCUAUGCCUCGAAUCAAAGAGCGAGGUGAAGGGCUCAAAUCAAGGCUGAGUAUUUUUAGCAGUUCUCAGAUGAGUGUGUCAAGGUCAAAAUUAGGCGGAAAGGUGUCUGGAAGCUCACUGAUUUCGUAUCGAACGACAGAAUGGCAGUCCCCUAAGAGUCUCAAGACUCUCUGCGAUGAGCUCGAAAGAAGAGCCGAGGCGGAUGUGAUUUACAGCAAUCCCGAGGUCAUCUGGCCGCCAUGCACAUCACGAUUCAAGACGUACUUUGCCUCCUUUACAAAUGCGACUGCACAGUUCAACAAAGCAAACAUGGCCGACCUUCCACACGAAGUCAUCAUAGACAUCAUCAAGAUGUACAUAUGCAUGACAAACACUUUGGUCGCGGACCAGAUGUGGCUGCUGGAGAAGGCAUCUCCUUACGUGGGCUCUCCUAUGGAGGAAAUCAAUGCCAUUAUCUCGCGCCUGGACCGAAGUCGAGCCGUUCGACUAGAGUAUUUUGUGCGGCACUUGCUGUGGGCCAAGAAACACUCGCAUGGAGCGACAUACAGCAACGCGAUAAGGAUCUAUGGACAUCUUCUCGAUAGCCCGCCAGAGCGCCAUUUAUCGACCGAUAGCGAAAGCCGCCAGAAUCGACAGCGAGCCAACGACCUCCUUGAGCUCAUAGUGGACAAUCUCGAUGUCGAAAGAUUCUCUGAUGGAAUUUCACGCAGCUCGUCGAGAUCGUCUAUUUCGACUGUUUCAUCGUCGCUCUAUCGCGGCAACGGUGCAAACAGGCUCACUUCGGACCACCACCAGUAUUCCAUGCCAAUCGAUUGCGAAACAAGCUCAAUAUCAUCCAAAAUUGGCCUGCUGCAUGAACGUGCGCACGUCAAUGCAGGGGGCGAAAGAGCUUCGUAUGAGCAUUCAUCACUACCACCGCAUCCGGGGAACUCGAAGCCGUCAUGGCGCAUUCACCAAGACACACACAUGGGCGUUGAGACCCCCAGUUCGAAACUGCAAGAAGCCUGCGCACAACUUAGCGCUGUUUUGGGUGCCAUAGACACGCACUCAUUGCGGUCGAAGCACGAGGUCCUGAAACUCAGAAGUGAUAUUCAGAGCAUUGCUGUCAACAUUCAGGAAGACUAUCAUUAUUGGCUGAAAGUGGCAUCAUCGACUUAUCUGCCGUGCUCCACCACCAACAGCAGCGUUACGUCAACCUGUGUGCGCUCGGAAUUGCCGGUCAAAACAGAAAGGGCACUUUGUACCCAAGCCAGUGACGCCACCGUGCUGGAGUCGGCCAUCAAUGAGCUAUGCAGCCCCGAGGAGCAACGAGCAGGGACGUGGCCCUCUCGCCCAAUGCUGCAAGAGGAAGCCCUGCACAAGAUCAGCAAGAUGAACGAGCGUCUCGUUGAUUACAUGGCUGGGCUUGAUUCGCUCUCAACCACGAUCUCUAGCGAUGUGCUUGACUGCGUCAGACAUGUUGCCCUCCAGUUCCAGGAUCAACUCGGUGGACAGAACGAGCGCGAUUAUCUCCAAGAGGAAAACAAGUCAUUACAGAUGGCCGCUCACACGACGCUGUACUCCUUCGCUCAUUUGUCUGUCGGUUGA